AUGGAAUAGUUAGUUAUGAUUAAUUAAGAUAAAUUAAAUUUAGUCAUUUUGGAAGGAGUCCUUUUUUUUAAUUUUAGAUUCCAUUUAUCUUUCAAUCUCAACUUAGAUAUGAAAAUAAUAUUGAAGAUCCAUAUCUUCCUGAAUUUGAUGAUGAAUAACCACUUAGAGAAGAAGAUAAAUAAACUAAAUUUGAAAGGUAAUUAUAAAUUAUAUUAUAAAGAUAUGUUAUUGAUAGUAAAUAUGAAAAUGAAAAAUAAUAAAUGA